GAGCUCGACUCCUACUUUUUGUUAGAAGAAAAUAUAUCCUGCGGAGGUCGAGCGGUGGGGAUAAAACUGAAAAACAAGAAGGAAAAAGCAAGUUACGGAAUCUGGAAGUGUUCAAGGGUCCUGUUUGGUCGUGUAAAAUGCAAGCGGACGUGCUUUCACCGUGAAUUUACUAAAGGAGGUUUUGUGUGACACCAUUGCUGCUCCCUCCCACCCAUCAUGAUCAGUUUCCUGCGCAGGACGCUGGGGCGCCACUCCAUCCGGAAACAUGCCGAGAAGGCCCGUUUACGAGAGGCUCAGCGGGCCACGACGCACAUCCCUGCUGCCGGGGACGCAAAGUCCAUCAUCACCUGCCGUGUUUCCUUACUGGACGGGACAGAUGUCAGCGUUGACCUGCCGAAAAAAGCCAAAGGUGAAGAACUGUUUGAGCAGAUCAUGUACCAUCUGGACAUUGUGGAGAAAGAUUACUUUGGGCUGCGAUUUAUGGACUCGGCACAAGUUCCGCACUGGCUUGAUGUCACAAAAAGCAUCAAAAAGCAAGUCAAAAUCGGCCCACCGUACUGCCUUCAUAUGAGAGUCAAGUUUUACUCUUCAGAACCGAACAACCUGCACGAGGAACUCACCAGAUAUCUGUUUGUUUUGCAGUUAAAGCAAGACGUCAUCAGUGGCAAGCUUGAAUGUCCAUUCGACACAGCGGUGCAGUUGGCUGCCUUCUCGUUACAGGCUGAAUUAGGGGAUUGUGACCCCCUUGAACAUAACCUCGACCUGGUGUCAGAAUUUCGGUUCAUCCCUGAGCAGACAGAGGAGAUUGAGCUUGCGAUAUAUAAUGCGUGGAAGGAGUGCAGAAGCCAGACACCAGCUCAAGCUGAGAUUAACUACCUGAACAAAGCCAAGUGGUUAGAAAUGUAUGGGGUGGACAUGCACAUGGUGAAGGCAAGAGAUGGUAAUGAGUACAGUCUGGGUUUGACACCUACUGGAGUUCUGGUGUUUGAAGGCCAAACAAAGAUCGGACUCUUCUUUUGGCCUAAGAUUACUCGUCUGGACUUCAGGAAGAGCAAGUUGACACUUGUGGUGGAGGAAGAUGAUGAUCAGGGCAAAGAGCAGGAGCACACCUUUGUUUUCAGGAUGGACCAUCCCAAAGCCUGUAAACAUCUCUGGAAGUGUGCAGUAGAACAUCAUGCUUUCUUUAGGUUGAGAGGGCCAGUCCAGAAGAACUCUGCCCGCUCUGGAUUCAUACGCAUGGGAUCACGUUUCAGAUAUAGCGGAAAGACGGAGUAUCAAACAACUAAGUCCAGCAAAGCGAGGCGGUCAACAUCUUUUGAGAGGAGACCAAGUCGACGUUACUCCAGAAGAACCAUGCCAAACAGAGGGCAGUUCAGCACCCCAGAGGUCCGUUCUUCAAGAAAUGGGGUCGGCUCCAACAAAGACAACAAGGUUUCUUCAAGUAAAGGGGUCUGGUCUGGUGUCCCUGUGGUCAGUCCAGUUGUGUCUUCAGCCUGUGCACCGAUGGAAAUCGAGGCUCUGCCCAGAAGUCCAGGAGGAGAAAAACGAAGCCUGCCUGUUGUUGCCGGCCUCAUGGAGACGUGCAUCGAUGACGUCCUCAGGACUCCUGUCGUUCCUCCGGUGACGGCUGCAGAGGAGGUCGGACCGUGCACUUCAUACGCCGCUACCAGUGUAGCUGCAGAAGAUCCUGUCAGUCUCACUGAAGCCGCAGCUCGUCUGAAGCAGCUGGAGUUGGAGAGCGGUCCUUUUCCCACGACUCCAAAAAACAUCAACGUAAACAUGGCCAUGAACAAUCAGGACGACGUUGUGAAACUCACAGAGAAAUGCAGCCUGAACAGUACCGGCAGCAGUCCGGUCGUCACUCCGCUGCGCACCCCGGACGAUCUGAAGAGCAACAUCCUCAAAGCUCAAGCUGAGGCUGCUGCUCUGAAGGGGAAUUUGGAGGAGCACUUUCUAAAAGCCGGAGAUAAAAACUGUAAUUUGCAGGAAUCUUCUGUCAGGUUGAAGGUUCGUGCCGGCCGAAUGGGCAGUAACUCGUCUCUUUCUGUUAGCAGCCGUCCCGACGCCCAAGACGCCUGGGAGCUGGGGAAGCCGGCCUCGCUCGUCUCGUCUGCAGCAGCCAGUGCUGAGAGAUUAGCCGAGGAGUCAAACCCUUCUAUUUCCAAGAGUCCUGCUGCCGCUGAAGGCUCGGCUCCGAAGGUUAAAGCAGAAGAGUUUGACCUGUCGAACACUGCACCACCGUCUGACAACCUGAUUGACUUCACUGAUCCAACUCCUCUUCUUCCUCCAGUGCAGCAGCUCAAACCUCUCCUCACGCCCCGCUGGAUCGUCCCUUCAAACGCUCCCCCUGGCAUCUUUACCAACGGCCUGCUUGACGUAGACCCCCCAUCUAAAGCAGCCCCUCUUCUCCUCCCUGGUGAGGGUGUAGCAUCUCUCAUCCCAACCCCUCCCCACCCUGCUCACACACGUAACGCCAUCCCCACCAGCGCUGUGGAUCAGCUGCCGCCUUCAGAGGAGGAACCCAAACCCGCACGUCUUCUGACCACUGAGCUCUGAUGAAGGAAAGAGUCGACAUCGUCACAAAACUCAGCUUCCUGUCUGCUCUUACUCAGAGAAAAGGAAGAGGCAGCUUCCAUGCAACACAAGAACAAUUUUAGUUACUGACUCAGACUGACACAAAACUUCAGCAUUAACAUCUCAACACGUGAACUUCCUGGUUUUAUUCUAAGAUUAGACCCCGCCUCCAACGUCGGCAUCAUCAAGAAACGGGAACGGACGUCG